AUGUCGGCUAGUGAGUCCCGCCCAGAAGGCAACCAGGGAUUACGCGCGUCGCCAAGCACGGCGUACGGCGAAAAGCGAUCCAAGCACAAGAAGCGCAAGAAGUCGGCGAAGCGCGAAGACGUCAAACAAGACGUCGACGAAGCGCCCAGACCAGCCCAGUCGCCGGCCCCGGCGGCAGACAGCUUGGAAAGCCCAGCGGCAUGCGUCGAGCUUCCCAAGGACGCAGAGAAAAUUCCGGCGUCGACCGAGCGCCAGCGGCCGGAAGAGGAGAAGCGCUUCUCAUCGGCGAGGUGUCCCUCGGCCUUCCGUCGCGUGGUCGGGAGGCUGACCAUGCCACUCGAGAAGUUGCAAGUGCCUACCAGCGCGUACAAGGACGUGAAGCCAUGCGCCGAGCCAGCAGAGACGUCCGAGGUUUUCGUACGAACAAGCGAAAACACCGCCUCCGCAACCAGGAGGAAGUCAUCAGUCCGCUUUGGCGCAACAACCCUUCAAGCGAUCACGCCCACCAACUUCACCAGGAGCACGUCGGCCGACCGCAGGCUCGGGUGGCGAACAACGGGCGUGCUCAUCGCCUUCGCCAUCGUGGCGGCGGCAUCGCUCGGCGUUUUCCUCGCCGUUUACGUACUGCACUCUCGAAAGCACCUAAUAGAGCACUGCGCCAGCGUCGAGUGCAAGUUCGCCGUCGAAGACAUGAUAUCGCACGUGGACCCUCACGUCAGCCCGUGCGAUGACUUCUACCUACACGUGUGCGGCAAAGCGGGCGACAAGACCUUCGGCGGCGCCGACCUGAUGGCGCGGGCGCUCGACGACGUGCUCAUUUCGGUUCAGAGGGUUCUCCGCAGUCGCAAGAGCAAGGACCACAGUAAGCAUCCGGGUCUCGCGCAACUGGCGACCACGUUCACCUCUUGCUACGCGUUCGCCAUUUCGACCAAGGCACUCGCCGACGCGCCUCUCGCGGAGGCCAUAGCCGACGAGACGGACAUCCUUGGGGCAACCGACGUCGCGUCUGUCCUGCGACGCGUUAUCCGGCUGUCACUUAGAAAAGGUAUCUCCACCCUGUUUACCGCGAGCGGCGUCAUAUACCUGGGUGACCUAGCCCUGCACGUGUCGCGCGGGAAAUCGUUCAGCGAGAAGCUGGCCCAGCCAACCGACGGCGCGGCGGGGCGGGAGUUGGUAACGCGGCUUUUCGAUCGCGCGUUCGCAAACACACCGAGCGUUCGGAAGCUCGACGCCAAUGACACCGUGCGGCGUCUAUUGGAAUUUGACAGGGCUCUCUCGUCGGAAAACAGCUACGCCAGAGACGAAGAAAUGUGCGGCGAUUCGAAGACCGAGUUUGUGACGCAGUACGUCGGUGGCCGCGACUGGCUACGUUUCGUGAACUCCCUUUUGCCGGAAAACUCGCAGCUGAAGGAGGCGUCACUCGUGCUCGUUUCCGAGGCGGACAGGAUAAAGAAGGCCGCAGAUGAACUCCGCAAGAAGAUCGACUUGGGAGUCAUAUACAUCUUGUUCCACGUUGCAAUGGAGAUUGGACGCUUUUACAUCGUUCCACUGAGCAAAGUGACAAGAACAUGUUUGCGAAUGGCGCAAGAGAUUUUACCACCGUCGGUGUCAAACGUCUUCCACAACUUGACGACCACCGCGAACUCGGACCCAUCGAGAGCUGGCGCCAUUUUCAUCGGCAUUCGGGAAGUCUUCGCAAAGCACCCGCUGAUGUUGUUGGGCAUAAGCGAAGGCGAAGAGAAGAAAGCGGCUUCCUUCCUCGGCAGCGUCACCUUGCGCGCCCAAGAGACGACGGUCAGCGCGUGGCCCAACGGGUCGGGCUGGCAGCCUCACGAAGCCGCCGACUCCCUGCCUGCCGCCUUCCCCAGGAUGCAUGUCGUCCUGAAGGCGCGCGAAGCCCUAAGGCGCCUCAACGACCCGCCUUCCGUGGGACAGGUGACCUUCAGCGGCCACGAGCUGACCAACGACGUCGUCUAUUCGCGACUGCUGAACGAGGUCUUCCUUCCGGCGUCCCUUAGACGCUCGCCAGUUCUGUAUUCGGGCCAAGUUCCCACGGAGUUCAACAUGGGCACCGUCGGCGUUCUGCUGGCGACGCAAGUGUUCCACGCCAACGAGCCGUCGGAGAACGACCUCCACGACUGGUACGACCAAAACGCGGGCGCCUUCGGUCGCUGCAUGAGGGAGUCGAAACCGACUGCGAUUGCCUGGCAAUUCAACGCGCUGCCGGAUAACCGAUUGCUCGAGCUGUUCACCCUGGCCUACUCGGUCAAGGUCGCUCACAGGGCUGUCAGGGAGCACUACGAUGGCUACGACCGCCACGCGAGCAACUUCGACGACGUGUUGAGAAAGGCGCAGCGCACUUUCUUCCGCAGGUUCUGUCUGCUGUCGUGCGGCGACAGCGUGCAGAACGAAACCAGCGAAUCACGACUCGCCUGCCUCGUGCCCGUCCUCAACAUGCCCGAGUUCUACGAGGCCUUCGGCUGCCCACUCAACAAGGGCGCCGAGGGACGAUGCGCGCCCUUAUCGUAGAAGGCACCAGAAUUGCCUAAUAAUGACAGUAAUACGAAUGUACAAGACCGAACCUGGUUGUAGCCGUUCUCGCCGCCCUCAGUUUCUCGUCGGACUGAUUUUGUUAACGAUAUACUUCACAACGCUGAGUGAGGAUCACGCUGUGGAAAACAGCAAUAUUCCAAAGCACCUGCGGUGAUGCAGGGACCUCUGUUUAGCGCUAUAGUCCUUAACCGGAUGUUACGAUGACUUUGUGC